AUGACGACGGCAAUAACGCUCCUGGUCCUGAACAUCAUUGGAAUCGCCGUUAGGAUCUCGAACUCGAUCAACAACGAGGAUGAUGGGAAAGGAGGAUCGGGUGCCGACGUUUAUUGUGGUGUGGGCGAUUCUUCUUGUUGGUGCUGUCGGUGUUGUGGGUGCAGAUUAAUCCGUUCGUCAGAAGCAGAAAAGGAGAUCGGAAGGUGCACGUUCGGAAGGCCCUCCACCGCUGUCGAGCUCAAGAAGUUUGAUUCCGACAGGCGUGAGUCUCGAAGGGCGACAGUUACACUUUAA